AUGCAUUGCCAUGAAUUGUGCAAACAAGUUUCAAUCAUGAUUCUAGUUAACUUGGCUCUGGCUUUUGUCAAUUUACUUCUGAAGAAGGUUCUUAAUGAAGGAAUGGACUACAUGUCCAUCGUAACAUAUAGGCAGACAAUUUCAUUUAUCUUCAUGGCACCUAUUGCUUGCUUCUAUGAUAGGAAACACAAACUGAGGGUUCACAUAAUAUGUCUCCUUUUCCUCAGUGCUCUUCUAGGAAUAACACUCCCCCAAUACCUAUUUCUUAUUGGACUUGAAUAUACGUCUGCUACAUUCUCAUGUGCGUUCCUCAACAUGGUGCCUGUAUUUACGUUCAUUAUGGCUGUGCCAUUUGGGAUCGAGAAGGUGAACGUGCAAAGCAAGAGUGGUAAGGCCAAAGUCUUAGGAACUACUGUAUGCAUUGGUGGAGCUGUGUUGUUGGUCCUUUAUAAAGGAAUGCCCCUUAUCGACCCACAUUCUCAACACAUAGCAGACGAAGUUACAAGCCCAACUCCAUCUGCCAAGUUAGAGAAAUGGAUUAUAGGGUCAAUAAUUCUGACUAUAGGCUGCCUCUUGUGGUCUUCAUGGUUCAUUAUACAAGCAAAGAUUAGCAAAAAAUACCCGUGUCAAUACUCUAGCACAGCUAUUUUGUCACUUUUUGCUGCCAUUCAAUCAGCAAUAUUGACUUUGAUCAUCAAGAGAAAUAAUGCCUCGUGGAUUCUGAAAGGAAAGCUUGAAAUAAUGUGUGUUAUAUAUACUGGCUUGGUUGGAUCGGGCUUGUGCUAUGUGGCAAUGUCAUGGUGUGUCAAACAAAGGGGUCCAGUUUUUACCGCAGCUUUUACCCCCCUUUUACAGAUAUUUGUGGCUAUCCUCGAUUUCUCUUUACUAAAGGAGGAAAUUUACCUGGGAAGUGUUGCAGGAUCUUCCUUGGUUAUUGCCGGUAUGUAUAUUCUUCUGUGGGGAAAAGGUAAAGAGGGAGAGCAGUAUGUCCUGAAGGAUACGCAACCAAAUGAAGAUGUUGACUUUCCAUAG